AACGAGAGAAGGAGAGACGGCGUCUGUGUGCGUAAUCCUCAUUUGUUUAAAUGUGUGUGUGAGGCUGCUCUCUCUGACACGUGUUGAUGUUUUAGUGUGACUGUUGGUAGUAAAGAAAUAAAAGGCAUUUCUUCCACAUUCAGGUGCCGAUCUUUUCUUACAUUUUCAGCAACACCUGGGAAUUUGUAGUUCACUUUGAUGUCUGCUGAAACAUGCAUCACUCAACGUUUUCUGACUUGUAUGUAGUGUUUGAGGGUGUGGUAUUAUGUGCUUUAAGUUUGCUGCGAUGAACACUAUCCAGAGAUUUUGGUUUUAAAACUAGAGGUGCACGAUAUGAGCACAUAGCUGUGAGGUAUUUCUGGUUUGUAUGUACCACAUUUACCUGACAGAUCUAUUGUUAACAGGUACUUUGGAAUAUUAAAUAUGAUUAAACAAGCAUCUGGACCAUCUAUUAAAAAUAGAUCAAUUAACACAUUACUGAUUUACGACACCAUUCUUCACAACGAUGAGUGCUUUGGAUGAUCAUUCAUUUCACAGAGGAUUGCACUAAGUUAUGUCAUGUUUCAUAUUGCAGUGUUAGUUGUUUGAGUAAACUUUGAGUAAAAAAGAAAGGCCUGUAUUGAAGCCACCUUUACUUCUUUCUUGUUUUUGGUGUUUUGUUUUGCUUUCCACAACUAAAAAGCAUGAUCAUUUGCAUUGACUUUGACCCUCAAGCAUCUCCUUGUUUAUUUUUGGCUCUAUAUUUAAGAUAACUGUCCAAAAAAGUGUGAAAGCAUGUUUAUGCAGCAGACUGUGCACUUAAUAAGCAGAUGCAUUAUGUCAAGCUUGACAGAAAAUGGUGUGAAAACAGCCUCCAAAAAUCCUUAUUUCUUUUAAAAAUGGCAUCCAUUGAAGCAUUGCACCAGGAAGUAGUCUGUACCAUCUUCGAGCAGCAGGGGGCGCCAUGCCAGCCAUUAGCCGUUGCCCCUUGUGGUUUCAGCCAAUCCCUGCGCGGUGUCGUAUCUGUAAUCCAGCCCCCGUCCUGCCUCGCAAACACUCAAGUUGUGCAGAAAGACGAGAACUAAAGAAGGAGGGAGGGAGGGAGGGAGUUUGGUGUCAGAAUGAGUCGGCAACAUAACAGUCCAGCGAUGGAAAGCGUUAGAAAAUAGAAAGUUAGAUCGAGCACCGAUCAGCUAGUGAGUGCAUGUCGGCUGUGUGGGGAGCAGAGGACGAUAGAAGACGAGGAGGAGAAAUAUGAGUCGGCAGCAGCAGCAGUCCCAGGGAGUGGUUUUAACGGGUUACCACAGUAACGCGGAACUGUUGCCCAAAACUGGACCCAGCUGUGCGUCAGCCCAGGACCACGAGCCCCCCGCGCCCAGCCGCAGAACAGGCCACUACACUGUUCAACAGAACCAGAGCGCACAACAUGGAGACAGAUCUGGUCCUUCCACUAUCAACAGCGGUACAAAAGCCACCAGCACUGACCCACCAUCAGUACUCACUUACCCCAGGUCUCAGCCCUCCUGCAGCCCUAAACCAGGCUCCAGCCCCAGACACAGUCCCAAUUCCAGGUCCAGACCGCGGCCACCGUGUCAGCGCUGCAACUCUCAGGACUCUCUGGACGAGCUGGAGAUGGACGACUAUUGGAAGGAGGUGGAGAAUAUCACCCGCUCAGGAGGAGAAGCGGGGAGGGGAGAAGGUGGAGGAGAAGGGGAAAUACAAGAGGAGGAGCAGCAGAAAAUUCCUGAGGAAGGGGAACAGGAGGAGGCGUGGCUUACAGAGGCGGGACUAGCACGGCUGUUUGAUGAUUCACUGGCAGCUGACCAGGAUCAGGAAGAAGACAACGCAGUGUUCCUGUCCACACUGACCAGAUCUCAGGUGGCGGCGGUAGAACGUCGCGUGACGUCGCUACAGCAGACGUUGCUGCGGCGGCGUAACCGGCAACACGUUCCUGAUGUUAGGGAUAUAUUCAGACCUCCUGAAAAAGAUGAGGAGCCUAGUAAACUCAAAGAGAGAAGCGAGAAUGGACAAAAAGAUGUCACUUCAGCUGCAGAAGCGGAGACGGAACUGAACGUCGAAGUGGCGUUUUCAGAGCAGGCGCUCACUUACAGGGACAACCACCAAAUGUCAAAGGUCACCACGAGCCCGAACUCACCUGACGACAAACUACCAAACUUUAAGCUGCUCCGAGACAAAACAGGUCAGACCAGAAUAGGAGAUCUGUCUCCUCUGGAUAUGAAAAAGGUGCGAAGACUUGUGCUUGUGGAGUCGACUGCUCUGUUUGACACUGCUGGGAUAGACCUGAAGGCGCACAAAGCUGUCAAAGUUAAGACUAAAGAAAGUGGUCUUUUUGGUGUUCCCCUUGCCACUGUAUUGGAUCAGGACCAGAGGCGGGCUGCUGGGACCAAAGUGCCAUUCAUACUGCAGAGGCUUAUUAGUCAUAUUGAGGAGGAAGGAUUAGACACAGAGGGGCUGCUACGGAUCCCUGGAGCGGCCAUCAGAGUCAAGUCACUGUGUCAGGAGCUCGAGUCCUCUUUCUACGACGGGGUGUUUCAAUGGGAACAGUUGAAGCAGCACGACGCUGCCAGCCUUUUGAAGCUGUUCAUCAGGGAGUUACCCCAUCCGUUGCUGACUGUGGAGUACCUCAACGCGUUUAUUGCCGUCAACAAGCUCCCCACAAAGAAGCAGCAGUUGCAAGCGUUGAACCUGCUGGUCCUCUUGUUACCUGAGGCCAAUCGGGAUACCUUGAAGGCUCUAGUGGAGUUUUUCCAGCGUGUGAUUGACCACCAGGCCAAGAAUAAGAUGACUCUCAACAAUGUCUCCGUGGUCAUGGCUCCCAACAUCUUCAUGUUCAAAGGCUUUCGAUCCAAGGUGACCGAGCAACAGGAGUUCUCCAUGGCAACAAGCACAGCCAACAUCGUCCGGCUGCUGAUUCGAUACCAGAAUCUUCUCUGGACGAUCCCCAAGUUCAUUAUGACCCAGGUCAGACAUCAAAACAUGGAAAGCCAUCGGAAACAAAAUAAAGAGAGAGCUGUGAGAAAGCUGCUGAAGAAGAUUACCACCGACAAACCCUCUGAUAAAGCUGUCCCUGAGGAGAGUUCGCAGGGAUUCAUUCGAGUUCAAGCACCACAGUUCAGUAAAGUGUCCAUGGCAGUUCAGCUCACUGGAGAGUUGCAGGCUGCGGAUGUGUUAACCCGCUUCCUCAGCCAGGACAGUUCAGUGGCUGUGAAACCGGAAGAGCUGUGUCUCUACGAGAUUGGUGGAAACAUCAAGGAGAGAUGUCUAGAUGGUGAAACGUAUAUGAAAGACCUCUUCCAGCUGAACCCGACAGCAGAAUGGGUCAUCAGAGCCGCGCAGCGAUAAAUUCCUUCCUACCAUCAUGCUCUGCUGGAUAAUGGACUGCUCCAAAUUGUCCCCUCCGUGUCCCACUGAGAAGAGACCUCUGUGGUUUUACGCGGGUUCUGGACGCACUCGCACCAUUUGCUCGUAGGAAGUCGAAAUGGCGGUUUCAAAACUUAUAACCCCUUUUAAUGAACUCUGUGUUGCAAUAUUUUUUCCACUGAAUUGAACAACCGGAGUGUCAGACAAGAAAAGGGAAAAUGAUGUGCUUGGGUUUACAAUAACUGAGACCUUUCUAUUUUUUCCUACCCUGCCUUAUGCUACAUGUAUAAAUGUUGGGCCUAGCGUACCACUAGCAUAAAGUUUCCGACAGUUGUCCGGGGGAAAGAAAGCCACUUGACCUUAACAUCUCUGGAGGCCUGACAAACCACUUUUGUACCAUGGAGGGAACAUACCAUUUUUCCCAGUUUGUCACUGCACUUAAGCCACAACAUUGUGAUUCUUAAUAUUAUGUGAUACUGUAAGUAUUGCAGUCGUGUAUUGUGAUUUAUUGCCACUAAUCACUUUGUUGUGUCUGCAGUAAUGAGCUGAAAUUCUAAAGUUUCGGACAAUAAAUAGAUAUAUAAAUUCUAUUGAAUCAUGACUGAAUUACAUAACAUAAAAAAUAUACCUAAUUUUGAGUAUAUAUAUAUAUAUAUAUAUAAAAAUAAAUAAAAUUAAUUAAAAGUCCGUGAAUGUGACUUUAUCAAAGCACUUCACUGUAACCGGGAGGGAUGAACGUUUGAGUGAAUGUUAGGGGGUCCAAAACUGGAUGGGAGACUCUGAGAUGGGAGAGGUGAUGAAGUACUACUGUGCCGUGAGAUGUAUGCGAGGGAGGGUGACCCCGAAACAUUUUAUAAUGAUGACGUCACCAACGGCUAACUAGGGCACGCAAUGAUGACAUCACCGUUUUUAACGCUACAUUAAUAUUGCUGUACAUUAUAACUUUAUAAACCGUUGAUGUUGGAUUGUGUUACAUAUAAAUAUGUGAACACACAUAUUUAUAUAUUGUAGCCUGUGUGUUUUUAGGCAUGGAAGUCAUAAAUUGCCUAUUAAGUUUUCUACCAAAGUAUUGAUCAUUUUAAAGAUAUGUAAAUUGCUGACUGAUUAAAUUGCCUUCUUCAGGGAUCUCGCAUGAUGGGUUCCAAAAGUAUGUGGAUGCUAAUACUUUGGCUAAUGUUUGGCUCAGUACUCUUCACAGUCUGGAUGUCUGUUGAUAUAGUACACAAAUUGUAUUAAUCCAAGAACAGAAAAACUCCAUUUUAUCUUUUUUUGGCACAUAGCUGUGCUGCUCUAGGCUUUCAACAAAUGUCUAAUCUGAUUCUGUGUGGUUUCCACAGCCUGUGGAGGAUCAUAUCUGCACCACAAAGUCAAACAUAUCUCUCUUGUGGAAAGCUGUGGUCACACUGUUUGAAAAUGUUUUGAACUGAGUCACUCCCUGCCUUGUAUUAUCUUGUUUACUGUGAAUGUUUUUUCCCCUUAUAAUUAUGUCUUUGUCUUAUUGCCUCUGAAAUGACCACUAAAACAGCCUGUAAAUAAAAGUGCAGUUAACUACCACAUCUGUUGACUUUUAA